AUGGCUGAUGGCAAAGCAGACCCUGCUGUGUUCACCUCCACGUCUCUGCCCUCGGACCCACGGCUGCUGCCUACAGUCACCAACGCUUACCUGGGCACCCGCGUGUACCGGGACAUCCUUCACGUCAACGGCGUGUACAACGGGGCGGUGGGAGACACGCACCGCGCCGACAUCCCCAGCCCCGUCAACGUGAGGAUGACGGCGCCUGGCGCAGAUAACGUGGCUGAGACCUUCACCGUGAACACCCGGACAGGAACCUUCAGCCACGUGCUUCAGGCAGCUGAUUACACAGCCACCCAUCAGAUCUACGCUCACCAUUCCCUUGUCCACUUGAUGGCUUUCAGCAUCACCAUCCGACGAUCAGCUCACACCUCCCAACCCAUCACGGUCCAGCUCCAGGCUCCUUUUGUGCCAAAGAGCCAGGAUUUGGACCUGAACCAAGGACCAGACUUCCAGGGAGCACACUACCUCUAUGGGAAGACGCGGGUUCCCGAGGUGGAGAGGGGACCCCGUCCCACAGUCCACAUGCUCUGGACUCCCGUGCCACCAGCCUUGACCUUACGUGGGGAGGAGCAAGAGCGAUGCUGGGAGUUCCUGACCGCUGUGGCUGAGAGAGAAGAGGAGGCAAAGAGGAGCUACAGCGAAGGGCUGGCCCUCAUGGCUGCUGGUUCCCUGCACUCCUCCCACACCCAUGCAUGGGCCAUGCUGUGGCAAGGGUGCUGCAUAGACCUGGAGGGACCUCUGCCUUUGAGGCAGGCCCUUCGUGGGUGUCUCUACUACCUGCUGAGCUCCAUCCCACCCCGGGAGAGCCCUGGCUUUCUCUUUCACGGCAUCAGCCCUGGUGGCUUGUCCAACGGCACUCAAGGCGAGGACUACUGGGGACAUGUCUUCUGGGACCAGGACACCUGGAUGUUCCCAAACAUCCUGCUGUUUUACCCUGAAGCUGCCCGAGCCAUCCUGGAGUACCGGAUUCGCACGCUGGAAGGAGCCUUACGCAACGCGCAGGAGCAAGGCUACAAGGGUGCUAAGUUCCCAUGGGAGAGUGCAGCCACCGGCCGGGAAGUCUGCCCUGAGGAGAUCUAUGGAGCCCAAGAAAUUCACAUCACUGGGGAUGUUUUGAUGGCCUUUGAGCAGUAUUAUUGCACCACGCAGGACCAGAAGCUGUUCAGGGAGGAUGGAGGUUGGAAGCUGGUAGAUGCCGUGGCUCAGUACUGGUGCAGCAGGAUGGUGUGGAGCGAGGAGGAGCAAUGCUACCAUAUCAAAGGUGUCAUGCCUCCCGAUGAGUACCAUCUCCAGGUCGAUAACUCUGCUUACACCAACGCUGUGGCCCAGCGGAGCUUAAAUUUUGCAGCCAAUGUUGCUCGGGACUUCUUGAUCCCCGUGCCAGAGGAGUGGGUGGACUGUGCCAAGAAAGUCAAAGUGCCCUUUGAUGUGGAGAAGAAAUACCAUCCUGAAUAUGACGGGUACAGCCCAGGUGAGCGUGUCAAACAAGCUGAUGUUAUCUUGCUUGGAUUCCCACUGAUGCACCCCAUGAGCCCUGAAGUCCGGAGAAAUGACCUGGAAAUGUAUGAGCCCGUCACUGAGCUGGAUGGUCCAGCCAUGACCUGGAGCAUGUUUGCAGUGGGCUGGCUGGAGCUGAACGAGGUGCAGAGAGCCCAGAGCCAACUGAACAAGUGUUUCAGCAACAUCACGGAGCCCUUCAAGAUCUGGGUGGAGAAUUCAGAUGGGUCAGGAGCUGUGAACUUCUUGACGGGGAUGGGUGGAUUCUUGCAAGCUGUCCUCUUUGGCUACACAGGGUUCAGGAUCACAAGGUCCAGUCUCCGCUUCAACCCUGCUUUUCCUGAUGACAUCAACAAGUUGAAAGUCACCGGCGUCUCCUACUUGGGCAACAAACUGAAGUUCACCAUCACCAAAAAAGAGAUCAGGAUCAAAGUGACCGAGUCUUCACGGGACCCUCCGGCAUCUCCUCUGGAAGCUGUGUUGGAGGAGUCAGGGCAGCAGUUUCCCCUGCAUGAAGGAGGGGUGGGCUCGGAGCUCUUACCAUGGCUGGGAUGGCAGCAGCUCCCUGCGCUGUCUCUGCCGGGGGCCAUCGAGUCCCUUGACUCCCCUUCAUUUGCCUUUCACAUCUCUCACUGA